AUGCUCAAAAUUCCUGAAACAAUGUCAAUAAAGAAAUUUAACUUGCCAGAUUUUUCAUAUGGGGAUGAGAUUGAUUAUUAUGCUGUAUCACCAACAAUAUUGCAGUUAGAUCACCAAGAGAUCGUUGAAACAGACCAUUCAUCUGGCAAUCGUCUAUUGAAUGGUGAUUCAGUAACUGAGACAGCUACUACUAAUUCAAAUCUCGAUUUGGGAUUAAAUAAAGAAGCUGAUUAUCUAUUCUCAUUUGAAUUAGACACUAAUACACUUUCGUUAGAAUUAUUGAAUAAAGAUUUAGAUACUCCAGAUUUUAAUUGGACAGAUUUAUUACCCGACUCCAAUGAAUUAGUAUCUCUGGACGAUAUUAAUCCUGGUAAUUUUUCAAAAUCUAAACAAAAUAAAAAUGAGAAAGUGAAGUUUACCAAUUGUCAAAGAAAAUCUUUGAUGAAUCAUUUUAAUCCAAUACCAAAGUUUUCAUAUCAAGAGAAAACUAUUCAACAACAAGAACUUUUAUAUUCAUCAUCAUCAGCUCAUAGUUCUUCAAGUUCUGUCAAUAACCAUCAUCAUUGUCAUCAAUUGUUGAAUUCAACGGAAAUUAAUAAUGAGUGUGAUAUGAAUGAUUCUUAUAAAACUAAUAAAAUAAUUUGUCUAAAUAAUGAAGAUUUACUAAAUGGUAAACCUGGAGAAUGCGUUAAAUUAACUUCAGAAGAAUAUAAAAUGCUCCAAAGAAUCGGUUGUCAACUACCUAUCAAAUUUCCAUUAAGUCAAACUAAUGAAAAAGCAAUACGUACUGUCAGACGAAAAAUUCGUAAUAAACUCUCUGCUCAAGCUAGUCGUGCCAAACGUCAAAGGUAUGUAAUUGACUUGGAACGUCGGUAUUCUAUGUGUACUGAAGAAAUCAAACAAUUACGUCGACAAGUAUAUGAAUUGGAGGAAGAUAAACGGAGUCUUACAAUACAUCUACGCAAAUUACGGUCUUAUAUCAAUAAAUUCAUGAAUAAACGAAGUGAAAAGUCCUAUUUACCACUAUUCAUAAACUCCAACAGUACUGAAUUUAAUCAUAAUAAUAAUAAUAAUAAUAAUAAUAAUAAUAAUAAUAAUAAUAAUAAUAAUAAUAAUAAGGUGACUGCUAAACAAGCCGCUAAAGCGGCAGCCGGUGGGACUAGUCUCUUGUUAAUGACGUUUAUGAUAUUGAUGUGGACUGCUGUAGUUCCAAUACCGUCGGUCAUAAAAACGUUAGAUACUGCAUCAUCGAUGUCUACAAGAAAUUUUUUCAGUUCAUUUCCAGGUCGGUCUCGAAUGUUGAUGAGUAUUAACAACCCUCCAGAAUUGUAUUCUUCCUCCUCCUCGUCUUCUCAAGACCUAAUUCUUAAUGAAUCAAAAACAACUUUAUCCAAUCCGGAUAUUACACCUGAGAAUACAAUCCAAUAUAUUGUUCCGAUUAGUAAGUUUAUUACACCAGUGAUUACUGAACAAUAA